GGCUCCCCUCCCGCAAAACCCUAGCGCUCUCUCUCUCUCUCUGUCUGCCGGCGCGAUGGAGGAUGCUGCCGAGAGCCGCAAGCUCUUCGUCGGCGGGAUCCCGGCCGGGGCGCAGGAGGCAGACCUGCGGGCCCACUUCGCGCGCUUCGGCGAGGUGCGCUCCGUCGUCGUCAUGCGCGACAGGGAGACGGGCCACGGCCGGGGCUUCGGCUUCGUCGAGUUUGAGGACAAGGCAGCCGCCGCCGCCGCCGCCGCGCUGGGCGACGCGGACAGGCCCAGGCACUUCCUCUGCGGGCGCGCGGUGGACGUUAAGAGGGCCAGGGCAAGAGCUCCACGAAACCAGCGCGAGCAGCACUCCCAGCCUCAUCAGGUCGAACAAGGCUUAGACCAGGGGAACCAGGACAAUCAGUACCCCAUGGGGAACGGCACCGCGGACAGUGGUGACAACGUGAACUACGGUUCAAAAAAGGUCUUCGUUGGCGGACUGCAGGAUGACACCACUGAGGAGGAGUUCCGGGCCUACUUUGAGACGUUUGGCACUGUAACGGAUGUCGCGGUGAUAUAUGACAGCGCAACGAACCGGUCGAGGGGGUUCGGCUUCGUCACCUUUGAUUCGGAGGAAGCAGUAGGGAAGGUGAUGCGGCAGAGCUUUCACGACUUGAACGGGACCAAGGUAGAAGCCAAGAUUGCUAUCCCCAAGGACGAGCAGUAUUACCGCAACAGAGGGCGUGGCGCACGCUCCUCUGGUGGGAGGGUCCCUGCUGGCUAUGAAGGCUCCAUGUACCAACCGCCAUACAAUGCUGGAUAUGGCUCCUACAAUGGCUACAUGCCACAACCUGUUCACGUGCAGCCCUACUUUCCUGCCCCCUAUUUUCCUGUGGCGGGUUAUCCCUAUGGGAGUGGAUACCCAAGCCAAGUCGUCAUGGCAAACGCUCCUGAUAUGAUGUCAAGAUGGGUUCCUCCAGCUUAUGGAAAUUAUCCUCAAAUGUAUCCAUGGUACAUUCUAUACAGAGCUGGUUAUGGUGGUCCAGCCACCUCUUUUCAGCAUGGAAUUAAUGGUGGAGGAGCUGAUAACAAAAAGGAUCAAACUAAUGUAGAUAUGCAGCAAGCUGACAACACUUCUAGCGUUACAACGAUGUUGGAACAUAUGAAGCUAGGUUCACAAUGACUUUCAGGUGCGUGUAUUCUGAUACCCUACUGGUUAAAUUUUAUCACUCGUUAUUGGUAGGAAUUACUGCAGUGUACUUAUUUUUUUAAACUAUGGUUGUUAUAUGUUCGUUGAAAUUGAUAGAAUAUUCAAGUCUUCCCAUGAAAUUAGCGCAUAGUCUGCCAAUUUUUCAAUAGCAUUUUUCGUCAUUUGCAUUUUCAUGUUUGCAUUAGCUAAUUGAAAAUGGAGUGGUUAUCAUGAUUCUGCUAUCAUCAUCUAAGAUUCUAAGAAUCCAAGUGCUUCAAAUAUAAUACCAUGGUGAAUUCUAGCAAUGUAACUUGGCACCCUAAACGGUUACUAUAUAGUAUAUACUGCAUUUAACGCUACCUAUUCAAUUAGGUAAUGAAACAAAUGUUGACAUCCACAGUUCAGUGUUUGCUUUCAAUAUUUGAGACAUUGAUUUGCAGUUCAAUACAGCAGUGAAUUUGGUUUAUCAGUUGGCAAAAUGAUAAUUCCUUUACUUUAUGGACACGUGUUAGAGAUGGAAAGUUGUAUGUAGGACUCUAGGAGGGUGCAUUCUAGCUGCCCUGAAGCAAAAACAAUUGUUCAGUUUAUGUAUAAUACCUUUUUGUUAUCCAUGUCCUGUACAUCUUCCUUUACUGCAUAAAAAUUAAAUGGAAUAGUUUGUUUCCCCAUUUGUUGCAUACAGUGAGAUAUUCAUGGAUCUUACUUCUGGAGUUCUGGUUAUCUACAAAAUUGAUUAGAUUAAAGUAGUGAUGUUAUAUUCUUAGUACAGAGGGAAAGGGAAUCAUAGUUUGGCAUGAAAGUCGGUUCUUACUAUAACAGCAUACUGAAGUAACUGAACCAAAAUAACUUAUUUUGUAUAUAUUGGAUGGAUGCACCUUGCACCGAACAUGUGACUGUGGAGUAAACUUAUAGAUUAAUAGGCGAUUCUGUGGUGAUUUAUCUUGCAAAAUUGUAUCCUGUCAUGAGGCGACUGAACUGGCUAUGAGAAGCUGAAGCUUGAACUUGAGCUAGGACCCUUUUUCUGUUUGGGAUCCGGUUUUGCUGGUGCAUAGUUAAGCUUGAGGUUGCUCCAGAUAAGGCAAAACUGCUGGUGCAUAGUAGUACUCCCUCCAUCUGUGAGUAAGGCAUGUUUUGUUUUGUUAGAACAGCCCUUGGCCAACUGUUACUCUCUUAAUUUGCCCUUCUAUGAUAUCACACUUUCAAUCACAAAUAAGUGCUUUUGAAUACAAAUCUAAUGGCAUGAAUUUUGUAUCCCUAAAGUUAUACAUUGGUAGAGUAACUGUUGGUCAAGGGCUUCUCUAGAUAUUGCUUUGAUGCAUUCAGUAUAGAUUUGGAUGUUUCCGAUACUCAUAAAAAUUACUAACCUACCAUCUUCUGUGAGGCAGGACUAAUACUUCUACAAUGGUGACACUGGAGUACAACAAUUGUUUGGGAACUCGCAACUGUGAAGACGACUUGGACUUAGAUUCUUUGGUUGACAAGUAUAUCAUUAGAAUUCUUCCAGCUUACCUACGAUUCCUAUUCCUCCCGCCUGUAAACUAGUAAAAGCAUGCUGCAAGUUGUUACUGGCUCCCCUCCCCUCUUGUACCAAUGUUAAAUUCUUACGUCGUUUAAUGCAUCAGAAUCAUACUGUUAAA